GGGCGGCUGGGGCAAUAGUUUUGGUGACAGAAGAAAGGAGGAAAAUGAAGUGCCCGUACUGUGGGGCGGCUCAAGGGCGUAGCGCCACCACCAGCUCCGCCCGCUCCAUAACGGAGUGCACAUCCUGCGGCCGAGUUGUUGAAGAGCGACAGUCCCACCCUCACCAUCUUUUCCAGCUCCGCGCACAAGACAAUCCUCUCUGUCUCAUCACUCCCGACCUCCCCUCCCUCCAACCCUUUCACCAAAGCCAAGACGACGAUGACCCCUUCGAGCCCACCGGUUUCAUCACUGCAUUUUCCACCUGGUCCCUUGAGCCCAACCCUCUCUACCUCCAGUCCUGUCUUUCAUUCUCUGGCCAUCUCGCCGAGCUUGAGAGGGCCCUCGAAUCGUCCUCUUCUUCAUCUUCCUCCUCGACACCAUCGUCCUCAACUUCGUCAACGGUUGUGGUUGAUAAUUUGAGGGCGUACAUGCAGAUUAUUGAUGUAGCAUCGAUACUUGGGUUGGACUACGAUAUCUCAGACCAUGCUUUUCAGUUAUUCAGGGAUUGUUGUUCGGCUACUUGUUUGAGAAACCGGAGCGUCGAAGCGCUUGCCACUGCUGCUCUUGUCCAGGCAAUUAGAGAGGCUCAGGAACCCAGAACCCUUCAGGAAAUUUCAAUUGCUGCCAAUGUGCCACAAAAGGAAAUUGGGAAAUACAUCAAGAUACUAGGAGAGGCUUUGCAGCUCAGUCAGCCUAUUAAUAGCAAUUCUAUUUCGGUCCAUAUGCCUAGAUUUUGUACCCUUCUACAGCUCAAUAAAUCUGCUCAGGAACUGGCCACUCACAUAGGAGAGGUUGUGAUCAACAAAUGCUUCUGCACUCGCAGGAAUCCUAUUAGCAUUUCGGCUGCUGCUAUAUACUUGGCUUGCCAACUUGAAGACAAACGCAAAACUCAGGCAGAAAUCUGCAAGGUGACCGGUCUUACUGAAGUCACUCUUCGUAAAGUGUACAAGGAACUUCUAGAGAAUUGGGAUGAUUUGCUUCCCUCUAAUUAUACACCAGCUGUUCCUCCUGAGAGGGCAUUCCCUACUACUGUAAUCGCUUCUGGUCGUUCAUCAGCAGCUAAGGUUGAUGCAAUAGAGGUUAAUUCUUCUUUAGACAGAGACAAGCUAAUAGAAAUUAAACCUAGCAAACCAAAUGAGGUUCCAGUCAUGGUACAUCAGCACAGAGGGAAAGAUGAUGUUGAAAGUAAGAGCAGUGCUUGCAUGACCCACUCGACAAUGAAUCAGCAGUCAGCUUUCUGGCAAUCCCAGCUUCCUAUCGGGGCAUGUAAUCAUAAAAGCACGGGAGAAAAAAGUCGGAAUGUUUUACAAGGAAUGGACGUAGAGGGACUGCAGCAUAACCACUUACAGCCUGAACAGAAGUCUGAAGACACAAAUGGUAUUAAUGCUAAUCCCUUUCAAAAACACAACCAUCUUAGCAGCCCUUCUCCCUCGUCUGCUAGCCCUGUUAUGAAGCCCUUUUCGGCUCCGCCUUCAUCUAUGCCUCCAAAUGCUUGAUCGAGGUAAACGCCUGGCCAUGCUGUGCAAUUGGGAUAUGGAGAUACGUGUUCUUUUGGGAGCAGAGGACGUGGAGAAGAAUGGCUUUUGUUCUUCUAGUGUACAGUAUGUCGUAUAAACCCUGCAAUUUCUUUCUACGCCGUGAUCUGUUUGAUUAAAAUCAAUAUCGUCUAUAUCUGUGUCUGUAUUAACGUAAGUUGUAGGAAGCCACGUUGACGAUGCAGAUCAUUUUGAGUUUGGUGCAAAUGCAUGAAACCGACUCUAAUCUCAUUUUGCAUUUAGUUAUGCAGCACAUGAAAAUGGAUACAUGGCUGGUAUGGGUACUUCUUAA